AACACACUCCCCUCUUUCCGCCGCGCCUCUUUUUUCGCCCCGCUUUGCCGUGUCGGGGAAGGACCGCCGGCCGCCCUCCGCCUCGGCUCCUUCCCUUUCCUCCUCCUCCUCCUCCUCCUCUCUUCCCCCCCCCCCUUUCCUUGAGGGCCGUCACUGGCGUUUGCUCCGCUUUCCCUCCGGCCCCGCUUGGUGCUUUAACCGCCGCCGCCGAGGAGGUGGAGAGGAGGAGGAGCGGGAGCCAACAUGGCGAAAACUGAGCAGGUCUUGAUCUUGGAGCCGCAGCACGAGCUCAAAUUCAAAGGUCCCUUCACAGAUGUUGUCACCACAAAUCUGAAACUUGGCAACUCGACAGAUAAAAAUGUCUGUUUCAAAGUGAAGACCACGGCCCCACGCAGGUAUUGUGUACGACCCAACAGUGGAAUUAUAGAUGCUGGAACGUCAAUUAAUGUCUCGGUGAUGCUACAGCCUUUUGAUUAUGACCCUAACGAGAAAAGUAAACAUAAGUUCAUGGUCCAGUCAAUGUUUGCGCCACCUGAUACUUCAGACAUGGAAGCAGUAUGGAAAGAAGCAAAACCAGAAGAACUCAUGGAUUCUAAACUUAAAUGUGUGUUUGAACUGCCAGCAGAAAACGAUAAACCCGAAGAAGACGGACUGAGGAUGAGGAAGGCUCCCCAGUCAAACCAUCCAAGCUAUGCUUCCGCCACCACCGUGAAGGAGGAGGGUCUCAGCACAAGAUUACUCGCGCUGGUGGUUUUGUUCUUUAUUGUUGGCGUAAUUAUAGGGAAAAUCGCCUUGUAGAGGCAGCAUGCAGAGAAUUGUAAAUCAAAUUGAUGGAUUUGCCAUAUCAUUGGAUUAAAUUUAUUCGUAACAAAUGUUUUAAAAAAAAAAGUGUAUGACAUCUCACAGGUCUUGCCUUUUAAAAUUUUUACCCCUGCACAAAUAUAACAUUAGCAUAACAUAAUCUACUAGAACGUUUAAACUGUAUACAGAGUAAGCAGAAGAGAGAAGGAAUUAUCUUGAUUGUGAGAAGAGAGGAAGGAAUCAUGUAUUUAACACUAUGAAAGUGCAUUGUUUAAAAAAAAAAGUACCUUAAGCAUUUCUUGGACCUUGAAAUCUAUUCCUAGAGUUCUCCCCUUUGGAAAAAUAAAACGUCCGUCCUUUGGA